GUCUCUCCAUCACACUAACAAGCUUGGGAAAACCCCUCAGAUCUAAUCGAACAUUUUAGAUCAAAAUUUAAACGCAUCAAAACCACAGCCUGUUCCUCUCUUCUCUCCCCCUCUCUCUCUACAUCUACGCUGGUAUCACCAGGUCCUACCAACCGCCUCAAGGAAAAAAAGAUCCCCUUUUCACUGAGACCGCCUCCUCUCCUCGUUCGCUUCUCACCCUCGCCACCACCAAGAGAAGAGAACGAGAGAGAGAGAGAGAGAGAGAGAGAGAGAUGGCGGACGCGUUCUGUCCGGACUGCAAGAGGAGCACGGAGACGGUGUUCGACCACUCGGCGGGGGACAUGGUGUGCUCGGAGUGCGGGCUGGUGCUGGAGGCGCACUCGAUCGACGAGACGUCGGAGUGGAGGACGUUCGCGAACGAGUCAGGGGACAACGACCCCGUCCGCGUCGGCGGGCCUACCAACCCGCUCCUCGCCGACGGCGGCCUCUCCACCGUCAUCUCCAAGCCCAACGGCGGCCAGAGCGACUUCCUCUCCUCCUCUCUCGGCCGCUGGCAGAACCGCAGCUCCAACCCGGACCGCUCCCUCAUCCUCGCGUUCCGCACAAUAGCCACCAUGGCCGACAGGUUGGGUCUUGUUGCAACUAUCAAGGAUCGGGCCAAUGAGAUAUACAAAAAGGUGGAAGAUCUCAAAUCCAUCAGGGGAAGAAAUCAAGAUGCAAUUUUAGCUGCUUGCCUCUACAUUGCUUGUCGACAAGAGGACAGGCCUCGCACUGUAAAGGAGAUAUGCUCUGUUGCCAACGGAGCUACAAAGAAGGAAAUUGGCCGUGCAAAAGAGUUCAUAGUAAAACAGCUUGAAGUUGAGAUGGGUCAGUCGAUGGAGAUGGGUACCAUUCAUGCAGGAGAUUUCCUGAGACGGUUUUGUUCACAUCUUGGCAUGACAAAUCAAGCAGUCAAGGCUGCUCAAGAAGCGGUACAGAAGUCAGAAGAACUUGAUAUAAGGAGGAGCCCCAUAUCAAUUGCAGCAGCUGUCAUUUACAUGAUAACUCAGUUGUCGGAUGACAAGAAACCCCUCAAAGAUAUAUCCUUGGCUACCGGAGUUGCAGAAGGCACCAUAAGAAAUUCCUACAAAGAUCUUUAUCCCUAUGCUUCGAGGCUGAUUCCAACCUCCUUUGCCAAGGAGGAAGACUUAAAGAACCUCUGCAGCCCAUAGUUUGGUAUCAACCUGUUGUACUGAACAUGAACCAUAUAAGAUUGAUCAUUGAGGAUGAUGCUGAACGAACAAUGCAUGGUUUGAUUGAUUUAUUGAUCAUUCAGUACUUGGUUGUGAUUUUGAUGA